CAUCCAAAUAAAGUUUGAAUAAGUAAUCUGGAUCGAUAUGCUAACGUUGACAUUGAAAUCCAAGGUAUACGUCAUUAUCAAGAAUCACCGAGAAGACCAUGUGACUUUUACUGUCAACAACGACACUCAUGACGAUAUGUCGUCUUAAAACUGUUUUAUUAGCAUUGUUUUUUUCUUUCUCUUUGCAGCGAUCCAAACGCUUUUGACUUUGACACCUUUUCCAUCAAGUGAUCCCAGCUCCUCAGACGACGAAACCAGUUUCAAUCGUCAAGACAUGCAUGCUGCAGGGCCAAGUGGCGAACAGGGGGUGGACGAUCAAAUUAAGAAUGAAAAGGAAAAGCAGUUAGAAAUAGCCAUAAGUCGUUGGGAAAAGCGAGGGCAUGUGGUGAAAAAGCAGCUAGAAUUACUCAAGGAAGCAGAAGGUCUUCUUCCGAAGGAAACGAUAGAAAGCAUGACAAAAGACAUGUUGGUCAGUAAUUAUCAAUCAGGUUUACACAUUGUUGACGUCAAGAUAGGCUGCGCUAUUCUUCACUUAGUUCCUCAAAAUAUGACAACUUUAGACAAGUUCUGGGGCGACUUUAAGUCUGGACAGCUCAGUAGUAACUUCACCGACUGUCUCAUCACUGAUGAGAUGCGAACACUUGCCGGGGAAGACUUGGCGGUGCGGGUCAUCAUGCUGGAAGAGCAGUACUGGCAGUGGACAGAAUAUUUCAAAGGAGGAGAAAUGGCACAGACAGUCCAGAAGUUUCAGAGUCUGACUGUGACCCCUGGAGUGAGAGCUACCACCUGGGAAACCUUUGCGGAAGAGUAUCUACCUGAUGACACAGAGCAGGUUAAAACACUGUUAGACAGUGCAUGGAGAGAUCCUGUAGUAGAACUUGUUGUAUUGAUCCCUUUCUUCUGGCCACAUAUCAUUACCUAUUGGUUAGAGAGAAAUCACACAUUCCCCCAAACCCUCACAGAGCUCUUGCAGUAUUCUCUAUGCAAUCAUUUUGGAAGACAAACUGGCAGCAAUUUGGAACAAGAACAUGUCUCUUUAUCUGAAAAGAUAACUGAAUCAUUGAUAUUGUUAGGAUCAAACGGGCUGGACAGCAUUGUGCAAGGCAACUGCAGAGAAAUAGAUCUCAAUGCAGAUGAAAGAAAGGGUUUUGACUCUGCAGUCUUUGGCCUAGUCACAUUGACUGAAACUAAAAGGUACACUUUUGUUAACACGUUCCUACAUGACUACUGUGUAGCACUGUACAUCAAGAAUGCUUUAGACAGAAUGACAGACAUGGCUGUACUUAACCAACUGGUACAGAAUGCAGGCAGGAUGCCACUUGUUUGUUUCUUCGUGAGUGGGCUUUUAAGUGACAGGGGUGGUGACUUUCUGUCAGCUUUGGCAAACAGUGGUGUGUUUAAUAGUCCAUUUGAGAGGGUAGAGACUUCUUUGAUAGCAUUGGCAGAAACAAAUCAUGUACAGAAUUUGUAUCCGUGUAUUGAAUCUAUCUUUGACGGAAGUGUUUUAGAUGUUUCUUCAGAGAGUGUCCUCUCCCUGUUGUUCACUUCAGCAGCUAUCAAGUUUAUCAACCAGUCUAAUGUGGUUCAGUCAGUCCGACUUUGUGAUCGAAGCAAACUGAAAAAAGAGGAGUCAAUGAUCUUUAGAGAAUUGGAAGAUGAACCAGAUAAAGAGUCUGUUUCGCUGUUCAGUAAUUUGUGGUCUGACGUCUCUGACAGAAAGUUCAUUCUGUUACUCCUGCAGUGUAUCCCUCUGUUAUUUGCAGUGAAAAAAGCAGGAAGUAAACUUAAGGGACCACUCAGGUGCAAAAUCUCUUUUAAGAAGUUAUGGAUCAGAAUGUUUCCAUCAGGCACAAUCAACAGCACUCAGAUGCUCCAGCUGACACAAGCUAUGAAGCUCAUGGUUUCGCUCACUUACCUGGAACUUAGUCAUUGGAAUUAUGUUCAGGGUGAUCUUGUUGGCCACAUUUCCCCAAGUACCAAAUACUCCAGUACAUCCAAACUCACUACUAGUGCAACAACUAUGUUAAUGCCCAGCUUGACAUGUCUUCCCUGCUUGCAGGACCUAGAGUUGAACAAGUGCAAUUUUGUAACUGCUACUGAACUGGAAGCCAUGUGUGACAGGAUUAAGGGCUCAUGGCAGUUGACCAAACUCAACAUAACUGUACUUCAGGCUGAAUGGAAUGAUGCAAUGGGUGUAGCAAUAGGAAAGCUGUUUCUUAAGCUACCUAGUUUAAUGGAGCUUGAGAUUGGUAAGGAUUACCAUGAACAAGGAAAGGCUCUUUCUCAUGCUGUGAAGCAUUUCAAUGCACUUAGAAAGCUACAAAGACUACGAUUGCGUGUAAAAAUGUCAGAUGUUGGGACAAAGCAAGCACUUGCAAGGAGUCUUCAUCACUUAGAAUGUCUAAAGGACCUCGAUCUUAGUUACAACGAGUUGUCAAAUGAUGGAUGCAUUUUGAUCACUGAAGCUUUCCACAAGAUGAGUUCAAUCGAACGUUUAACCCUUCGUUAUAACAACAUUUCUGUAUCUGGUGCAAAAUCAUUUCCAGCUCACGUUGGCUACUUGACCUGCUUAAAACACCUUGAUCUGGGUUAUAACAAGUUGUCAGAUGAUGGGUGUAUUGCGAUUGCAGAGGGUUUCCACUGCAUGAGGUCACUGGAGCGUCUUGGCCUCUCUUCCAAUGGCAUCUCUGAUAGGGGUGGUACAGUAUUGAUGGGAAAGAUAAGUUUCCUCCCAAGGGUACAUUGGAUAGACUUGCAUGGCAAUAAGAUGACUGAUGCUGUUGCUCAGCUUGUAGUUGAUACUGUGAAGAGAAUGGAAAGUCGGAUUCAUGUAAAUGUCAGCUCCAAUAGAUUCAGUAGUAAAGGUGUAAAAAUACUGAAACAAUGUCAUGGGGUUGACUCCAGCCAUCAAAAUAUACAUGUGCAUGAGCCAAUACGUCAUACUCUUAUGCAAACUAGCAUUUCUUCAUCUAAUUUUGUGUCUUCAUCUCAGUCAAUACCACCUCAUAAAGAAAGCAGUUAUAAAAGGUCUGCACAGUACUCACAGAGUGAUGAUCCACUAGAGACAAGCACACCUGAACUGUUUCACAAGGGAACUGAGGGUCAGACAAAUAGAAAUAUAGCAGACAGUAGAUAUGAAAUGUCUGCAGUUAGAAGUGACAUUGAUCCUGAAGGGGACGAAUCCAUGAAAGAAAAGGCUGAGGUAGUUGAGACAAGUAAAGAGAGAGAGAUGUCUGGUACAAAACCAAAGGAAGCUGGAAAAAGCAAAUGCAAUGUUAUGUAAACUAAAGUUAAUGUUAUGUGUAAUAUUUUUGAUAUGUUAAUGUAUGUACUGUGCAUGUCUUCUUGUUUGCCUGAUGUACAUACCAGCAAUGUAACAUGCUCAUUUUGUACUGUUUUCCUUGCAAUGUCAAUAAUACUGAUUACUAAUGUCAAUGUAUAUAUUGGAAUCUGCAAGAUUUUUAGGUGCAUUUCCUCCAAGAAAUUUCUAGUUUUCUCUUACAUAAAAGAAUGAUUUUAUGAGUCGAUCAAUACAACUGUCAAUCUCAAGUGAAUCAAAGUUGCUUUAAAUACAGUAAGA